ACUUCCAACUCACGCGAGAUUGAGUUUCAGGAACUUCCACGUCAGUCUCCAGUGCUCCGAGUCUGUUCUCUGAAAUCGUAACACUCGGACCCGGAUUGCAAUUGUUCACAACACAUUUAUCGGAUCUUAUUGCGACAACACGGGGAUAAAACAUGCCUCUGAGGCUGGACAUCAAGCGGAGGCUGACAGCCAGGUCAGACCGAGUGAAGAGUGUGGACCUUCACCCAACUGAGCCAUGGAUGCUGGCCAGUCUGUACAACGGCAGUGUCUGUGUGUGGAACCACGAAACACAAACUUUGGUCAAGACUUUUGAAGUAUGUGACCUCCCUGUCAGAGCGUCUAAGUUUGUGGCAAGGAAGAACUGGGUCAUCACUGGAGCGGAUGACAUGCAGAUCCGUGUGUUCAACUACAACACCUUGGAGCGGGUCCACAUGUUCGAGGCACACUCUGACUACAUCCGUUGCAUCGCUGUCCAUCCAACUCAGCCCUACAUCCUCACCAGCAGUGAUGACAUGUUGAUCAAACUGUGGGACUGGGAGAAGAAGUGGUCGUGCAGCCAGGUGUUUGAGGGUCACACUCACUAUGUCAUGCAGAUUGUAAUCAACCCCAAGGAUAACAACCAGUUUGCUAGUGCGUCCCUGGACAGGACGAUUAAGGUUUGGCAGCUAGGCUCUUCGUCUCCCAAUUUCACUUUGGAGGGCCACGAAAAAGGAGUCAAUUGCAUUGACUACUACAGCGGAGGGGACAAGCCCUACCUCAUCUCUGGGGCUGAUGACCGCCAAGUCAAGAUUUGGGACUACCAGAACAAGACUUGUGUUCAGACUCUGGAGGGCCACGCCCAGAACGUCUCUUGUGUCAGCUUCCAUCCAGAGCUGCCCAUCAUCAUCACUGGAUCAGAGGAUGGUACCGUGCGUAUUUGGCACUCAAGCACUUACCGACUGGAGAGCACUCUGAACUAUGGCAUGGAGAGAGUGUGGUGUGUGUGUGGCCUAAGGGGCUCCAACAAUGUGGCGCUGGGCUACGAUGAAGGCAGCAUUAUUAUAAAGGUGGGUCGGGAGGAGCCAGCCAUGUCCAUGGACUCCAAUGGAAAAAUCAUCUGGGCUAAACACAGUGAAGUACAGCAAGCCAACCUGAAGGCCAUGGGUGACGCUGAGAUCAAAGACGGAGAGAGACUGCCGUUGGCUGUCAAAGACAUGGGCAGCUGUGAGAUUUACCCCCAAACCAUCCAGCACAACCCUAAUGGAAGGUUUGUUGUGGUGUGUGGAGAUGGAGAGUAUAUCAUCUAUACUGCAAUGGCUUUGAGAAACAAGAGCUUCGGCUCAGCGCAGGAAUUUGUCUGGGCACAUGACUCAUCUGAAUAUGCCAUUAGAGAAAGCAGCAGUCUCGUCAAAAUCUUCAAAAAUUUCAAAGAAAAGAAAUCUUUUAAGCCUGACUUUGGAGCCGAAGGGAUCUAUGGAGGUUUCUUGCUUGGGGUGAGGUCAGUGAAUGGCCUGGCUUUUUACGACUGGGAGAACACGGAGCUGAUCCGCCGCAUCGAGAUCCAGCCCAAACAUAUCUUCUGGUCAGACUCUGGUGAACUAGUUUGCAUUGCCACAGAGGAGUCCUUCUUCAUUCUGCGUUAUAUGUCAGAGAAAGUAGCUGCUUCUCAAGAGAACAAUGAAGGAGUAACAGAGGAUGGUAUUGAAGAUGCCUUCGAGGUCCAGGGAGAGAUCCAGGAGAUUGUGAAGACUGGACUAUGGGUAGGAGACUGCUUCAUCUACACCAGCUCUGUGAACAGACUGAACUACUAUGUAGGAGGAGAGAUCGUCACCAUUGCUCACCUGGACAGGACCAUGUACUUGCUGGGUUACAUACCAAAAGAUGACCGUCUGUACCUGGGAGACAAGGAGCUCAACAUUGUCAGCUACUCCCUGCUGGUCUCUGUCCUGGAGUACCAGACUGCUGUAAUGAGGAGGGACUUUGGAAUGGCUGACAAGGUCCUACCCACAAUUCCUAAAGAGCAGCGGACCAGGGUGGCUCAUUUCCUGGAGAAACAGGGCUUCAAGCAGCAGGCCCUGGCUGUGUCCACAGACCCAGAACACAGGUUUGAGCUGGCGUUGCAGCUGGGUGAGUUGAAGAUCGCCUACCAGCUGGCUGUGGAGGCAGAGUCGGAGCAGAAAUGGAAGCAGUUAGCGGAGCUGGCUAUCAGUAAGUGCCAAUUCGGCUUGGCCCAGGAGUGCCUGCACCACGCCCAGGAUUACGGUGGCCUACUCCUCCUUGCCACAGCCUCCGGUAACGCCACUAUGGUGGGGAAGCUGGCCGAAGGGGCAGAGAGGGAUGGCAAGAACAAUGUGGCCUUCAUGACGUACUUCCUGCAGGGGAAACUGGAUCAGUGUUUGGAGCUUCUGAUCAGAACAAACAGAUUACCUGAAGCUGCCUUCCUGGCUCGCACCUACCUGCCCAGUCAGGUGUCCCGUGUGGUCAGAUUGUGGAGGGAAAACCUGGCUAAGGUCAACCAGAAGGCGGCUGAGUCCUUAGCAGACCCCACAGAGUAUGAGAAUCUGUUCCCCGGACUGAAAGAGGCCUUUGCUGCUGAGCAUUACCUCCGAGAGACUUGCUUGGGCACCACUAGGCCUGCCAAAGAUUUUCCUCUAGUUACGCUUAAUGAAGACAGGAAUAUUCUUGAGGAGGCUCAGGGUUAUGAGCCCAAAGGAACCUUCAUUCCUCUUGUCUCCAUGGUUUGUCUGCAGCAUCCAACUUUUUCUACACGGGAUAGUGAGGAGUCAGUGUCAGCAGCUCCCGCUUCACAGCCUCAACCUGCUGCUCCUACAGCAGUGGAGGAAGAGGAGGAAAUCCCUGAAUUCUCAAAGUCACAAAAAGAUAAGAUUCUGGACGAGCUGGAAGUGGACCUGGACAACAUGGAGCUGGAUGACAUCGACACCACAGAUGUUAACCUGGACGAUGACUUUCUAGAUGAUUGAGGACCCACCUGAUCACUGUGCUCCACAGCACUCUUCAGAGCUUAUUUAAAAGAGAGAAAGAGACCAAACCCCCUUUACCCAUUUUUUUGUAUUUGUACGUAAAAUUAUUAUAUUGUCAUGUCCGACUUCUGGAGUGGCAGGGUUAAAGUACAUGAUGAUGAUGAUGAUAAUAUCAGUAAAGUUUUAUUCUCUGAAGAAAAGUAGACAGAUAAUGUCUAUUUCAGACUCUCCAUUUUGUACACCAUUCAUUGAUUGUGUGAGAAACUUUAACUAACUGUCCAUCGAGUGAUACCUUAUAUUUACUCUUUGCUUUAUAGUGUCUGUAAUGGCAAAUGAAAGUUCAUUAAGUCCAAUAAACUGCGGCUGCUGUACAUAUUCA